AUGCACUCCAAGCAUCAAGAGGAGUGUCACCAAGCUUCUUCCUCAGCUCAUCCAGACUAUACAUAUCUUUCUAUUUAUCUAACUCAUCCGGAUUAUUCAUAUCUAACUAUAUAUCAAUCUGAUCUGGGCUAUUCAUAUCUAUCUAUCUAUCACAUCCUGGUUAUUUACAUCUAUCUAUCUAUCACAUCCUGGUUAUUUACAUCUAUCUAUCUAUCUAUCUAUCUAUCUAUCACAUCCUGGUUAUUUACAUCUAUCUAUCUAUCUAUCUAUCUAUCUAUCACAUCCUGGUUAUUUACAUCUAUCUAUCUAUCUAUCACAUCCUGGUUAUUUACAUCUAUCUAUCUAUCUAUCUAUCUAUCUAUCUAUCUAUCUAUCUAUCACAUCCUGGUUAUUUACAUCUAUCUAUCUAUCUAUCAUCAUCCUCUAUUAUUUACAUCACAUCCUGGUUAUUUACAUCUAUCUAUCUAUCUAUCUAUCUAUCUAUCUAUCACAUCCUGGUUAUUUACAUCUAUCUAUCUAUCUAUCUAUCUAUCUAUCUAUCUAUCUAUCUAUCUAUCUAUCAAUCACAUCCUGGUUAUUUACAUCUAUCUAUCUAUCUAUCACAUCCUCAUUAUUCAUAUCUAUCUAUAUGCAUAUAUUUAUCUCAUCUUGGUUAUUCAUAUGUAUGUCUGUAUGUACGUAUGUAUCUACCUAUUUAUCUAUAUGUAUCUAUCUAUCUCAUCCUGGCCAUUCAUAUGUAUGUAUGUAUGUAUGUAUCUACCUAUUUAUCUAUAUGUAUCUAUCUAUCUCAUCCUGGCCAUUCAUAUCUAUGUAAUCCUACCUAUUCAUAUCUAUCUAUCUAUCUAUCUAUCUAUCUAUCUAUCUAUCUAUCUAUCUAUCUAUCUAUCUAUCUUCCAGGUCAUUCAUAUCUAUCUAUCUCAUCCAGAGCCUUCAUAUCUACCUAUUUUCCCUUAUUCCAACUAUCACCUCUCUCUCUCUCUCUCUCUCUCUCUGUAUCUGUGUAAUUUAUUUUAA